AAGGUGCACCGGGUGCUGAAGCGGGUAUUUGACUACCUUGUCAAGAAGUGGUUCUUCAUCGGGCUUGCCUCGUUCAUCGCCCUUUCCCACUCGUUCCCACAUGCCACAGAAGGUGUGGAAAUCGACUACUGGGCGGUGGCACUCAUUUUCUUCAUCUCGGGGCUCUCGAUCUCGACCAAGGAGCUUUUGCUCAACAUGAGCAACAUCCAUGCCCACGUCUCCGUGUUGGUGAUGAGUUUCUUGAUCACCUCGGCGAUUGUGUUUGGCAUCUGCUGCGGCAUCAAGGCCGCCCACAACGGGGAGAUCUCGGAGUGGAUGUUGGCCGGGUUGAUUGUCACCCACACGUGUCCAACAACGGUCUCUUCGAACGUGGUCAUGACCCGGCAGGCUGACGGUAACGUCGCCCUCUGUCUCUGCGAGGUCAUCAUCGGUAACAUGCUUGGUGCUUUUGUUACCCCGGCACUCUCCCAGAUGUACCUUUCAGGCACGUGGCAGUUUGCCAACCCUGCUAACGGCACAAGCGUCAGUUCCGUCUACAGACACGUCAUGAUGCAGAUUGGCUUGUCCGUCUUCGUCCCGAUGUUUGUUGGCCAGGUUGUCCAAAAUAUUAUUCCGAAGCAGGUAAAGUGGUGCCUGCGGUUCUUCAUGUUGAACAAGGUGGGUACCUUCUGUUUGUUGUUGAUCAUGUGGUCCUCCUUCUGUACCGCAUUCCGACAAAACGCUUUUACCUCCGUGUCCCAUUCUUCCAUCAUAAUGAUAUGCUUCUUCAACCUGGGAAUUUAUCUCUUCUUUACUUUAGUUUGCUUUUUUUACGCACGGCCGUGGUUUGUUCUCAAGUUGUUCCCACACAAACCUGAUGAGAACAGCUCCAGGGUUUACAGAAUCAACUACUGGCUGUUCCGUCCGUUUUUCUACUCGAAGAAGGACACAGUCACGAUCCUCUUGUGUGGCCCAGCGAAGACUGCUGCUUUGGGUGUUUCCCUAGUCACAUCGCAAUACGGCAACAACAACCCUUAUCUAGGCCAGCUUUUAGUUCCGUUGGUAUUGUACCAAGCCGAACAGGUUUUCACCGCAGGCAUACUUACCUCUUUUAUGAAAAAGUGGGUC